AUGAUUCGUAAUAUUCCCAACAAAUACACUCAGGCAAUGCUUAAAGAAAGUAUUGACGCUACCCACAAAUAUACAUAUGAUUUUUUAUAUCUUCCUAUUGACUUCCAAAAUGAAUGCAACGUUGGUUACGCUUUUAUCAACUUUAUCGAUGUCAAUUCAGUCAUAUCAUUCGCCAAACAAAGAAUUGGAAAACAAUGGAAUCGAUUCAAUUCUGGAAAAGUCUUCGAUCUCACUUAUGCCAUGAUCCAAGGAAAACACAAACUUAUUGCAAGAUAUCGAAAUUCCAAGGUGAUGAUCAAAGAUGAAUCAUACCGACCCAAACUCUUUUAUUCAUCAGGACCUCGUCAAGGUGAAGAAGAACCAUUCCCAAAACCCACAAAUCAAGAAAUUUUGGCGGCCCAAAGAUUACUUCAAAUGAAAACUACUAGUUAA